GCCCUUUUUGGUCCUAUGCUUGUAAAGCUCAUUCACCGCUCUCCACUCAUCAUUUGCGUUGGAAGUAAUAGGUCCACUCCGUUUCGUCAGCAUUCGUCGGCGUGCAUACGGACAGCCCUUGAGUCGAUGCACAUAGUUGACCUUGCACGCGCGCACUACGCUCACCAUCCUUGCCAUGCAGCGCUAGAUGAUUCGUUCGCAUCGACGCGCGCGGCAGUGCGCUCCGGACCCCUCCCUGGAACGACCUUCCAGCGUUAUCGAGGCGUUCAAUUGUCCUUCGAUCCCCUCCACCUCCCCUCUUGCAUCCCACGACUCGUUCAUGCCUCGCGAGAGGAGCUUCAGCUACUCCGCCGGGCGCUCUCCGACACCCGAACUGGCCCUCACAAGCCAGCACGACGACGAAAACCACGCCCUCAUCACGGUCCCACCUUUUUCAAAAUCUCGUUCUGCCCCUGCGCGUUCCAGCCUGCCCAUCUUCCAACGUUCACAACGCACUGCACGUCAUGCGAUCCAAGCCGCUACCGCCCACGAGGAGGGAGAAUCCGUUCUGUACCCGGACAUACGCUCCAGUGCUUUCAGCGCGUGCGCGUACGAUCAUCCUCGUCAAUCGCGGAAUGGGCCAUCUACACCUGGGUGUGGGUGCCGAGCCAGGCUUCAAUCCGCGUCAAAGGGACUCCGACGUUGAGUUCGCGCGGAUUUGCGAGGACUGGGAGAUCAAGAUUGUCGACUACUCGCUUGUACGCGCGGGACGUUUUACAAGAUGUCGAAUGCUAAGCUUUUUGAGGGCUCAUCCGCUAACAGCAUAGAACUUCAGCAAUGGUCAAGAUCCGUUGGAUUAACGUUGGAGGAGUGUGUUGGGAUGUAAUGAAAGCUCUUGCUAUCAGACACAAUCUGUACACUCUCGCAAUCGAAGACAUCCUCCACUCGCGACCGAGCGCACGAUCCAAAGCCAAUUAACUCACUCGGCAUCUCUAUCCCUUCGCAGUCUGUGCCGUAAACUGGUCGAUGGAAGUUCUGCAAAAGCUUCAAUCUCGCCUACAUCGAAGCCCCGGCGACCUCGCAUUCCUUUGUCGCAGGGAGCUUCGCCGGCACUGGCCGCGGCAAUCGUCAUCGGUGGAGAGAAGCGCGUGGAAGAUGCUGGGCUCAAAGUCCUCGAAGGAGCUGACCGUGUUCUUGUGAUAUGAUUCUCAUGUUCAUCUUCCUGCUCCUAGACGUUCUUCUCUCGUUGUAACUGAGCCGAUCACCGGCCGUUCAUGCCAUUCGAGAACGAGCUCGCGAACAUCGGCUGAUGCGUCUUUUAUGGUUCAAAGUCCGUUGUGCUUGGUGGCCGACAAAGUGUCCCGGGCCGUGAAUGCAUAGCAAGACAAGAUCAGGUACUAGGGGACGAAACAUCGUGGUGCAGUCGUCCAUUGGCAUUAUGUGUAAUCGUCACAUCCUGUACGUCAGCCUGGUCCUCCACCGAUGGACGCUUGCGCCCGUCGAAACGAUCGUCGAUGAGCUGCGGAUAUAUGAGAUGGAGACAGGGCGUAGCGCUGAUUAGCGAGGAAGAUCCAAGCGAGAGGAUCAUUAGUUUUAUGAGUUGUGCCAGUCAGAUUCACUUGGCAGGCUCAUGUCUACGAUCAUGUUGCAUACUUGCUCAGCCAUUUCGAUAUUCUUGCCAGUGUAGGCGAAACCCGGUCGGGUAUGCAUUCAAUAUGACCCCAUGUCGAAUGAACGACGCCAUGUUCUUGCGUUCUCCUGCUGGUUUAGCCCGCUUGUCCACCUCAGGCGCCGACCAAUGGUCGUGACCGUGACAGUCCUGCCUAUAACCCUGCACAUCGGGUACUUUGGAACAAACUUUGUGGACGUGUGGAGCAUAAGACACAGUCACUGUGACAAGAUAUUCUGGGUUGUUGCUAUCCCGAUCUUGGCCAUCGUACUCCCCCCUUGUCGUGUCUGCGACAUCCGGCACCUGAUAUGCAUAGCCCCCACGCAUCUAGAUGUGUCGGAGAUCAUCAAGAAAUUAACUCGCCUGGCAGCCAGUGGCUACACUUUGUGAUCGGAGUGCCAUUCCCUCAUAUCUGAUGGUGCGCAAGCCGUAAUCCACGACGCGUGUCUAAAUGUGUGCCUGUCACCGGGACAGUUAUCUUCGAUGCCGAACGAACUUUUCGCACCACUGCGAUCGCCAUCCGCAAAUGUGCAGGGGACCCCGGACACCACCUCCUCGGCCGAGAGCGAGGAUGUGUUGACCAGACAUGUGGAAUGGCUGAGUCGUCAUCCUCUUCUGCUUCAUCUUCGUCUCUCUCCGCCAUUCAAACAUCCGCAUCGGCUGCCAUCAACAGACCGGUGCACUGUGAGCAUGGCCGCUUUGCAGGGCGCAUCAUCAGGGCCGAGUUGACUGAGAUCCAGAGGCCCGAGUUCGGGCGGAGGUUCGGGGCAGUAGAUAGACGUGCACUGGACGACCCCCCAGUGGUUCAACUCCGGUUUUUCGAGGUGUUCCGUCCGAGACCAGGCUACGAGUGGUCGGAGGAGGUCCGCAGCUACGAAAGCAUCCCGCUCUCUGGGCUCCUUUGUAUGGCCGAGCUCUUCGAAGCACGAGGUGGACCCAGCACCUCGGAACCGCUCGUUCCACGGCAGACCGGGACACUCGAGUUGACGUCGCCGCGCAUCGCGCAGCCGUCACGCGUUUACGAUGUGUCAGACGAUGCAGCUAUCACCGAGGACAGUAACAGGACGUCCUUUCUCUUCGGCACGAAAUUUGUCGAGCCAUAUCUGAUUUCGACGUCUGAUUCCGGCCGGAAGUAUCUCGCAUUUACGUUCGCAGAUCUGGGUGUCAAGUUGGAGGGCCUCUUUCGUCUGCGCUAUCGCUUCUUCGAUCUUUUUCCCGGACCGCCGGGCGUCGGAAAGAGCAGCGUCUUAGCUGAAUGUUACGGGGGCACGUUCACAAUGUACUCGACAAAGGAAGCUCCGGCGCUGAAAGAGUCGACACCGCUGACCAAAACGCUCAGCAACCACGGUGUGCCUGUGAACAUCCGCAAGAAGCCACGGCCCCCGCGAAGGAAGACAUCACCGACUGGAACCUCGCCAACAGAUAGCCAGCCGGCGUAGAUUAUGUUUGAUUUGCCUCACCAUCGCACAGUAUAUGAGUCCCCUGGUGUCAUCGCCAGGGCAUUUCUCAGUACUUAGUAUUAUCACCAGAACUUUGCGUACAAAUUAAUCUUCA